UAGUUGUUAGCUAGCUCUAGCUAUCCAGUUAGCUAGCUUGUGGAAACAUUUUAACAUAGGCUCCGUUUACAACAAGAAACAGCUGUCGUCCGUCAUGAGAGAGGACCUGCGCUCCCGAUGUAUGUCUGUCAACCUUUAAUACCAAAGAGGAUGGGGGGCCCUCAGGAAAAAAUGACAAGUUAGCCAACGCAAGCAAAAAGUAAGCUACAGUUUUUGGAAAGGCUCGCUAGCAUCCUGAGAAGGAAAGCUCUGAGAUUUUUCAAGGACUGGAUGCGGAAGGAGGAUAUGAGCCAAGCUGGACAACUAAUGCUAAUUAUGAAUGUUUUUUCAUACAUUCAAUGGGUUACCAAUGUGCCAAAAAGUCACUCACCCGAUUACCCAGCAAGGAUUAGGCUAGAGGGUGGCAGCGUUGGUGCAGGGAGCGAGGACAUACUGGCUCAAGAAUAUGCAAGGACUCUUGACCACAACUGAAGUGUACAUAUCCAAGACUCAGAACUGUUGUCCUUGAUGAAACAGUAUCUGUUAACCUGCCAUCCCCAAUGGAAGUGCCAUCGUAGACACAGGAUACUGUGGCUGAACAGUUUUUUUUAACCACGGCCUUGGUGGAAGCAUUUUAGCUUCUGGUUGAACUUAAAGGUGGAGAUGGGUUCCCAAGCGCUUCAGAUAUUGCGGCAGGGUGUGUGGGCUUCGCUCACUGGAGGCUGGUAUGUGGACCCACAUCAGAGCACGUUCUCCAACUGCUUCCACCUCUACCUUUGGAUAUUUCUCCUGGCCUUUCCCUUUCUUCUGUACAUGGCUCUUCCUCCUAGCUUGGUGGUUGCAGGCGUGUACUCUGCUGUAGUGGCAGUCUUUUUCACGGCCAUUAAGGUGGUGAACUACAGGCUUCAUACUAUGUUCGACCUUGGGGAGAUUGUAGAGAAGAAGCAUGCCUCACUCACAGCAGAAGCGCCAAAGACAGAAGACGGAGAUGAAGGUUCAGGUGCCCUUGACGGGAAUCACCGCAGGGAUAGUCAUGUUGGUGUGGAGAUGACUGUGUUUCGGAAGGUCAACUCAACCCCCCCUGUGCGCUGUAGCUCCCAGCACUCUCUGUUUGGAUUGAACCAGGUGUCGGAGUUUUUACCCCAGCUGGAGGAUACAGGGGGCACUAAGGAUAUCAAAGAGUUGAUGCGGGAGCAAGGAACCAAUAAUAUGAUUGUUACGUCAGCUCACCGGGAGAUUUUACGCCAGAGGUCCCAGGAUACCAUUAGGGCCCCCAGUGUGGUUCAGACCUGCAUUGCUGCUGCUCUUGGAGGAGAUUUCCCCGGACUCAUGGGGGUGUCCGGUGGCUUUGGUGAAGCUGGAGACUGCUUGUCCAUCCCCCCUUCACCCUCCAGUCAAGAAGAUGGAGGCGAGAAAGAACAGUUGCAGGAAGUGGAGGAGUUACCAGAACAACUGUCUUUACAGAGUCCUGAGGACAAUGGGUUAGGGGCUUACUCUCCCCUCGGCCCCUCUGCUGAAUCUGAGAGCCUGGGGGAUACUCCACUCAGCCCCCUCAUAAAGAGCAGCUUAAGUGAGGAGCUGAGUGAAAACCUCCUGGGUUUGGGCCUUGACCCAGUGGCGUUUGCACCUGGCACCGAGCACCCGGGCAGCCGCAGUGGGGUAGCUCUCGCUGCCGGGUCCACAGACAGCUGUUUCAGUGCGGGCGGCGCCACCACAGAUCGUGAGACGCUCAGUACGGUUAGCAGUUACCGCAGUGAAAAGACUGAUUCCACUCAGCUGGAGAGUCCUUCAUUCAGCCAGCCCCGGCCCACAGACGGACAGGCUUCUGCCUCAGCACCAGCGAUAGGCUCCAACCUCCCCAAACACUCAGACGAUCCGGGAGGACAGGGGGGCAGUGAUACUGAUAAUCUGUCUGAUAGUGUGCUACUGCGCUCCCCUUCCAAAGAAUUCUCCCACAGCCAGGGGCUAGACAGGACACUUGUUGAAGGCGAGGAUCUGUCCCCAGUACCCUGUGAACUUGCACAGCCCCGUCCUCUCCAGAACUCUUCCCCUUCGAGUAGUGGCCACUCAGAGGCUUUUGAUUUAGACAGAAAUGUCCCAGUUCCUCCUCUUCCCCCACCUCGGCAAGCCAAUUCAGUGCCCUCAGGGCUGGCCCUGGGUCUGGUUUGUUCUGAGCCUGCUCUGCCCAUAUCCUCCACCCCCUUUUUACUGUCUGACCAGUCUGCUCUGCAAGCCCAGCAGGUUGUGCGCCCCAAAGACUUGAAGCUGCUGCGGGCCAGCGGCAGUAGUGUGGGGCACAGGCCUGGCCGAAGGAAAGCUCCCCGCAGGCGAGCCGGAGCAGGAAGUAGCAGCUUCGACUGCGGCUCUUACAGGCGUCACCACAAUCAUAGACAACACAGAGAUUACAUCCCAGUGCGCAGCCGGCUGGGGGCCAAGGCUUACAGUGAAAGUCUGUUUGAGGAUUCCAGCGACGAGGACGACGGCAGUGAUAUGAGCGCUGGUUCCAGUCUGGGCUCUCAGCGCCGGUACAGCUCCGAUGAUGACGACGAUGACGACGACGAUGAUGAUGAUGACUCCAGUUCCUCUACCUCCUGCUACUCCCCGGACCUCGCUAACACUGGCAUUACAGCCCCGCUCCCCGCUGCUACUCAACUGCCCACUCCAAGGGAGGGGGAUUUACCUGAAACUGCUGGCCCCUCUCACUCUCGGGCUGCUCAACGCUCUUCUAGCACUGCUAGUGCUAAGACUCAUGCAAGGGUGCUCAGUAUGGACGGGGCAGGUGGAGGCCAGAACAGCACCGCAGCUUUGCCUUCUACUCUGCUUACAAUGCCCUCCACCUCCACCCCUGCACCCCGCACGCUCACCAUCUCUAAGUCUGAUUUGGAAGCCCACACCAUCCACACUGACGGCUUUCCUGGAACUCAUCAUCAUCACCAUCACCAUCAUCAUCAUCGGCUGGAUUCUCUCGGAGGCUCUUGGACGGGUAACCAGAUGGGCUGGAGGGCUGAAGAGCUGGUUGAAGAGGGAGCUGUGGGAGGAGCCAUGGAUCCGGAGGACGGGGGUAAACACGACGCAGUCAGCAGUGUUAAGAGGACCCAGGCCAUCCGCAGGAGACACAAUGCUGGGAGCAACCCUACACCGCCCCCCUCCACCAUGGGAUCCCCUCCCAGCCUUCAGGACCUCCAGCGGGCUCGAACCUCCUCUCAUUCGCGGACCCGCACUCUUCCCUCGGCCUUACCGUUGGUCCCCUCUCUCCUACUGCCCCGCAGCGGCAUCCAUGAGGCCUCCACCUUCGACGACACAUCAGAGGGGGCAGUGCACUAUUUCUACGACGAGGGUGGAGUGAAACGGUCCUACACAUUUGGACCAGCUGGAGGUGGUUAUGAAGACCCAGUCCAGGAGAGGGAGAGGGAAAGGGAGAGGGAGAGGGAGAGACAGUCCCAGUCCUCGAGCUUCACCUCCACUGAGGUCCAGGAAGGGGCUCCACCCCUGUCCAUGCUCCAGCUCAGACCUGUGGUUUUACAGGGCAUGCAGGUGCGCAGGGUGCCUCUGGAAAUGCCUGAGUUUGAUCUGGAUCACGAGUCCCUACAAGAGUCCCAGGAAAACACUCUGAUGAUUGAGGAGAAAGCCAAACCCAAACAGUACUAUCGCUUCUGGGUGCUGCCCGGAAAGUGGCUGAGGGUUCGUUAUGACCGGUUGGCUCUCCUGGCCUUAUUGGACAGGAACCGGCGUGUGGGGGAGAACGUGUUCGCUGUGGUGCUGGCCAGUCUGGUGGCCUUCUUGGGGUUCCUACUGCUGUUCCAAGGCUUCUUCAGGGACAUCUGGGUCUUCCAGUUCUGCCUUGUCAUUGCCAGCUGCCAGUACUCUCUACUGAAGAGUGUCCAACCAGAUGCAGCUUCUCCCAUGCAUGGCCAUAACUGGAUCAUCGUAUACAGUCGGCCGGUCUACUUCUGCCUGUGCUGUGUGCUGAUCUGGAUCUUUGACCAAUCAGGGCGCUUUGGAAACCUGCAACCCUUCUCUCUCUACGGAGUCACCUUCUUCUCUGCACAUUUGCUGCUCUGCAUCAGGGACAUGCUCAUCGUGUUUGCCUUGUGUUUCCCGGUCAUUUUCCUGUUUGGGUUGCUACCUCAGGUCAACACUUUUGUGAUGUGUCUGCUGGAGCAGAUCGACAUGCACAUUUUCGGUGGAACUGCCACUACCAGCCCCCUCUCCUCUCUGUUCAGCCUCCUACGCAGCCUGCUGGGGGCUUCUUUGCUCUAUGGAUUUUGCCUCGGGGCUAUCAAUGCACCCUGGGGGGACGCCCAUGUGCCAGUACUGUUCUCUGUGUUUUGUGGUCUACUCCUGGCCUUAUCCUACCACCUCAGCCGCCAGAGCAGCGACCCAACCAUCCUCUGGUCAUUGGUCCGGUCUAAAUUAUUCCCAGAGCUGGAGAACCGAACCCCAGAAGAGCCCCCUGUGGAGAUCAAGGACCCUCUCCCGGAGAAGCUGCGUAACUCUGUGAAAGAGAUUCUUCAUUCGGACCUCGUCAUGUGUCUUCUCAUGGCUGUGAUCACCUUCGCCAUCAGUGCCAGCACAGUUUUCAUCGCUCUUCAGCCCGCUCUUAGCGUUGUCUUGUACGUCCUGGCGGGAGCUGUAGGCUUCAUUACUCACUAUCUCCUGCCUCAGCUCCGUAAGCAGCUGCCGUGGUUCUGCCUGGCUCACCCUGUGCUCCGCUCCAGAGAGUACAGUCAGUUUGAAGUCCGAGAUGCGGCCCAGUUGAUGUGGUUUGAGAAGCUGUACGCGUGGCUUCAGUGUGUGGAGAAAUAUUUCAUCUACCCGGCCGUGGUGCUUAACUCUCUGACGACGGAAGCUCAAGCUGUGGGCCAGAACCACAAAGAGCUGGACAUGUACAGCCGAGCUCUCUUCAUCUCAGUAGCCGGCAUGAAGCUGCUGCGCUCGUCGUUCUGCGCCCCGUCGCAGCAGUACGUCACCCUGUGCUUCACCACACUCUUCUUCCGCUUCGACUAUCCACACUUCUCAGAGACCUUCUUAAUCGACUACUACUUCAUGUCCAUUCUCUUCAGCAAGAUGUGGGACCUGCUGUACAAGCUGCGCUUUGUGUUGACCUACAUCGCGCCCUGGCAGAUCACCUGGGGCUCCGCCUUCCACGCCUUCGCACAACCCUUUGCCGUUCCCCACUCUGCUGUGCUUUUCGUUCAGGCCAUCUUUUCUGCCAUCUUUUCCACUCCUCUCAAUCCGGUCCUGGGCAGUGCCGUGUUCGUCACCUCGUACACCAGACCCGUCAAAUUCUGGGAGAGAGACUACAACACCAAGCGCGUCGAUCAUUCCAACACCAGACUUGCCACUCAGUUAGAUCGCAACCCAGGUGCUGAUGACAACAAUCUGAACUCUAUUUUCUACGAGCACCUAACGCGCUCCCUGCAGCACAGCCUGUGCGGAGACCUGCUGCUCGGCCGCUGGGGCAACUACACCACAGGCGACUGCUUCAUCCUCGCCUCAGACUACCUCAACGCUCUGGUGCACAUCAUCGAGAUCGGAAACGGCCUGGUUACCUUCCAGCUGAGAGGGCUGGAGUUCAGAGGUACGUACUGUCAGCAGAGGGAGGUGGAGGCCAUCACAGAGGGAGUAGAGGAGGACGAGGGCUGCUGCUGCUGCGAACCUGGCCACCUUCCCCACAUGUUGUCAUUCAAUGCGGCCUUCGGACAGCGCUGGCUCGCCUGGGAGGUUGCCGCCACCAAAUACGUGCUAGAGGGCUACAGCAUCAGCGACAACAACGCAGCCUCCAUGUUGCAAGUAUUCGACCUUCGUAAGAUCCUCAUCACGUACUAUGUCAAGAGCAUUAUCUACUAUGUGAGUCGAUCUGCAAAGGUGGAAGAGUGGCUGCUCAAUGAGACGGUUCAGGAGGCUCUACGGCCGUGUCUCGGGCCAAACUACGUAGACAGUGACCCCACCUUCAACCUGAACAUCGACGAGGACUACGACCACAGGGCCUCUGGCAUCACCCUCUCCUCAUUCUGCAUGGUUUACCUGGACUGGAUUCAGUACUGCAACAGCAGGCGUCAGACGCCGGUGACGUGUGAAAGAGAUUCUCCUCUUGUCAACCUUUGUUUCGGGCUGUGUAUCCUGGGAAGACGAGCUCUGGGCACGGCUUCCCACAGCAUGUCUGCAAGCUUGGAGCCAUUUCUGUACGGCCUCCAUGCUCUCUUCAAGGGAGACUUUCGCAUCACGUCUCCCAGGGAUGAAUGGGUGUUUGCAGAUAUGGAUCUGCUGAACCGAGUCGUGGCACCAGGAGUGCGCAUGUCCCUCAAACUGCAUCAGGACCACUUCACGUCACCGGAUGAGUACGAGGACCCGACGGUUCUGUACGACGCCAUCACUGCCAACGAGGAGAAGAUGUUGAUAUCUCACGAGGGCGACCCUGUGUGGCGCAGCGCCAUUUUAGCAAACAUGCCUUCACUGCUGGCUCUGCGCCACAUCAUGGACGAUGGCAGCGACGAGUACAAGAUCAUCAUGCUCAACAAGAGGUUCCUCAGCUUCAGAGUCAUCAAGGUGAACAGAGAGUGUGUGCGGGGGCUGUGGGCGGGGCAGCAGCAGGAGCUGGUUUUCCUGCGCAACCGUAACCCAGAGCGCGGCAGCAUUCAGAACGCCAAACAGGCCCUGAGGAACAUGAUCAACUCCUCGUGCGACCAGCCCAUCGGCUAUCCCAUCUACGUGUCCCCCCUCACCACCUCGUAUGCCGGGGGGCACAGCCAGCUGCGCUCUGUGUGGGGGGGACCUGUCAGCCCGCACAACAUCUACACAUGGCUCAUCAGCAGCUGGGACAGGUUACAGAAGGGUUGCGGUGCGGGCUGUAACAGCGGGGGGAACAUCGAGGACUCGGACUGUGGCGGCGGCUCCACCUCCAUUUCCACCAACCCAGCAGUGCACACCACCCACAGUACCCCGGCCUCCAGCCUCCCCCAGCCGCACAUCACUACUGUCCAGCCUUUCAUGGGUACAGACAACCCUGUAGGUCCAACCCAGAGCUGGCCUCACCACCCCCAACCUCUCCCACUAGCCCUGCUCAGCCAAUCAGAGGGCAGGAUGGAGGCAGGCCUGCUCAGCUCCUUACAGCGUACGUCCUCCAUCCAGGGGCUCCUGGGCCAUCACCUGUCCAGCUCCCAGCUCUCCUUCAGCAGCUCUCUGGUUCCCCCCCCUCUGCCCGGCCCCGAGCGCUUCUGCGCUACCAGCCUCCUGGAGAACUCGGGCCACAGAGCGGGCCAGCGGGCUGGCUUCGGCCAGGGCGGAGGACUACACUACGAGAGCCACUUUGGCAAGUGGAGCUUCUCAGGCAGGAAGGGCUUCAACGGACCAUCUGCAGGGGAGGGGGAAGCACUGACCGUACAGACCAUACGCACACAGCCUACUCCCCCUUCGCCCCUACAAGAGGUCAGUCUGAACCAGGAUCCUCUGGGAGCCACUCAGACGAUGGACCCCACCCUGCUGAAUGCAGCGGACCCCCCCACCCCCCGAGAGGAAUCCACAGAGCUGCCUUUACUCGAGCACCUGCGCUGAGUCUGCACCUGGAGCCCCGAGUGUCACGCUCUGCAGGGAAAGCACACUGCGGGGAGUCUGGACCGGGCCUGGCGCCCCCCCCCAGACUCAUUCCAUCGACCCUCAUUUAUCUGACUGAGUGCGGCCUGAACGGCACACUGCAGGAGGGAUUCAGUCAUUCCCACAUCCAGCCCCUCCUCUCAGCACGAGGAGGCAGACAUGUCGGAGCAUGCUGAAGUGAUCGGAUCAUCCCAAAGCUUUCAUCACAACUCCUCAUCUUCACUUUGUUUCUGACGGAGGCACUCGGUGUCUCUAUGGACGACCUCUUGGUUGACGGGUCCUGAAGGCCUUUGCAGUUGUAAGGGAUAUUUUGCCUGAGGAUUGAAUAUUUUUUAUAAACUUGAAACUAGAGGAUCGCCUCUCUUGAGUGCAUAACCGUUUAAAGAGUCCUACAGUGUGUUGCUGUACGUGCAGGGUAAGGAUGUGUGGAAACCACAAUUCGCCUUUUUUCUCCCACUUCUACAAUCCUCACCGGGUCAGACAAUAUUUAGGGUUUCAUAUUGACCAAUUUCAGGAGCUGUUGCUUCUUCUUUUUCUUCUUCCUCCCUGCACAUUAUACAUAUUCAACAAGAUAAAAAACACCCCAUUUCCUCUAAAAACAUGUCCUCUCAGUCCUCUGGCCUGUUUCCCACAGAGGUGCCUGACAACAGUUCUGUCUUGGAGCAGUUUUCUGAGAGAAAGAAAGCUCCCUUCCGUCCCGGCCAACACGUGGUGCUCUUAGCGCUAGUUUACAGAGGACUGAGUCCUGAGUGAGAUGAACUACACUGAGACGUGGGGUGGGUUCGGACAGAGCGGGUGCCCAUGGAUCAGGAUGAAGUGCGGGGCGACUCCAAUCUGUGGAAAUUGUGUUGAUCACAAACCUAAAAAAACUGGGAAACUUAAAGCCUUUUUUUUUAUUUUGGUAAGUGGAAUGUCCUUUUUUUACUUUACUUGAAGAAUCACCAGUUCCUCGGUUUAAGAUGCACCAAGUUUGAUUUCUUUGGGUGUCUGAUCCGUCAGAUCCAAUCAGCUUUCUCGAUAGAAGGGACCCAGGCUGCUCUGUGUGGGGCGCUCUGAUUCCCCGGCCCCUCCCGUCACUAUACUACUGCUUCUGCAUCUCCUGCUACUACUAAUCUACCCACUGCUGCUGCUGUCCCCACAACAGCCACAUCCAGCGUUUUAGUUGGAGAUAAGGUGGUUAAAUACUGAAAGCAAAGGUGGAAUAUUUAUUUGAUUAAUAUUGUCUUACAGAUAUCUUUAACGGGGUUUGUCAAUAUGGUGUGAUGAUGUAUCGAAUUGGAAAUCUGCCUUCUGUCAGCUGUACCCGCACCCCUCCCUCAAUUUGUUUGCUGUCAUCACUUUUGUAUCAUCUCACCAAGGCUGUCUUUUUAUUUUCUAAAGUGUGUUGCAUAACUGGAAGAAUUCCUAAGAAGUCACUUUAAGUUGCUUUCUUUCCCACUCCUGCACUCUCUCCGUUCCACCGCUGUGAAAAGCAAAUUAAAACACUGAUGGGGGGGGGGGUUGAAGUAGAGCAUUAAAAAGCAGCCUGCAGUACAGCCAGAUCCAGCCCAGUGUGGCGGUGUGUUUUCUGCAGUGGAAUAAGCCUGGCAUGCCAUUUUUCUCACUAAACUAUCUCUUGGAAGCGGUGCUCCCCUUUAGGAAACUUGAAAGGAGGUCAGCGCUCUCAGGGUUUGUGAUGGGGAAAGAAAUUGACUUCUUCUGCGGGAAGACUUUUGAAAGAAACCCGAAGUGGGGAUCAGGGUAGCGAGCCGGGUUUGGGUGGGUUGAAUCCAGAUAUGAUGCCCCUUUUUGUAGCGUUUUCCUCAACAUUGUUUCCCCAUUUUCAGCUUCUUACAACACGGGACAGAGUAUCACACCUCCCCACUUUUUAUUUUAAGCAGCCAUGACCCUUCUGUCGGUCUCAGCUGUGAAGAAGCUGCGACAGAGUGCAUUAUUCCUCUCUAAACACGUAAGAAACUCCCUCAACUCAGGAAAAACAGAGACUCUCUGAUCAGUGCUCUUUUCUGUUUUUCUUUUAUCAAUCUUCGUGUAAACAAAUCAACAGGGACUUGUGUUUCUAUUUACUUCUCUUUGCUGGGAGCGUGGAAAGCACAAGUUGAGAGACAGACCUGGUCGUCAAUAAAAAGGGAUUUCAUCAUCUCUGAUAUGUACAGCAUGUUUCGUAUAUAAAUAUAUAUUUAAAAUAUAAAUCUAUUUUAUUAUUAUUGGAUUUUGGGUUCUUUUACAUUUAAGACACUAUUUUGAGGUUUAGGGGAGGGGCUUCUGUGUUGACCCAUCAGAGGGGAGAGCUGAGGAGAGAGGCACUCUUCGCGUUGUACCGUGCAGCCUGGGAAGAAUCAAUUUAACACUUCUUUUGCACAAAAUGUAUCAUACACCAUCCCACUUUGUUAUUGUUUUAUUGUUUUAGUUGUUGGGAGGGGGGUCUUUUAUUUAAGAACUUUAAGUCAAUGUUCAAUGUUCUGUACAGUUUUUUAUGUGAUUUCUUUUUGUUUCUUUUUUCUCCUAUUUAAAUUAAAGGUUUUUGUGUCAUCGUUUGCAAA